GAAAGCAAAGAUGAACACCAUUUCAAAGGUCUUCCUUUUGAUGCUUGUAACUCUCUGGCCAAACCAAAUUCUUGCUCAAAAUUUGAUCAUCACAGCUUGUAAUAGCACUCUGUACAAAGAAUUGUGCAGAAAAACUCUUCAAAAUGACCCAGAAAGCCGUGCGGCAACUAGUUUGGAAGUACUAGCCAAAGUUGCACUAAAGCAUGCAACAUCCACAGCAACCCAAAUACAUGACCAAGUGAAAAAACUGCUCAAAUCAUCGACCAAGCCGAUUAAGGCUGCCCUGACAGAUUGCAAUGAGCUCUACCAAGAUGCACUUGAACAACUUGAUGACUCCAGCACUGCCUUUAUAACCAAGAAUUACGACAUUAGCACAUAUGUGUCAGCUGCCAUGGAUGAUGCUGACACAUGUGACCAAAGCUUAGAGGAAAUGGCACCCGGCAAGUCUCCAAUAGGCAGUCAGGGCACUACAUUUAGCCAGCUUUGCAGCAUUGUCUUGGCCAUUGCCAAGCAAGUGAAAUGAAAGGGUCGCUAAUCUCUGCCUGCUCUCACACUCUAAACUAAAUUUUCCAGAUUAAAAAAAAAAAAAAAAUCCCUCCAUUAUACAACUGGUUUUACUUGAUUUCAAACAUGUUUAGUGCCAAUCUUUAAUA